GGACUCUACCAUGGAACCCGUAGCCGCCUGGACCCCGGAGAAGGUGGCAGCUUGGCUAAGAGGCCUCGAUGACACCCUGCAGGACUAUCCCUUUGAGGACUGGCAGCUACCGGGCAAGCACCUGCUCCAGCUCUGCCCCCGCAGCCUGGAGGCUCUGACCGUGUGGCCGCUGGGUCACCAGGAGCUCAUCCUGGAUGGCGUGGAGCAGCUCCGGGCCCUGACUUCAGGACUGCAGACAGAGAACCUGCAGAGCCUGACCGAGCGGCUGCUGGCGGGGACCCACACCUUCCAGAGCCUAGUCCAAGGCCACCUGGGGACCUGCGACGAGACCCCUGCGGAUGUCUUCAGUGCCGCAGUGGAGCUGGUGCAUGAGGCUCGCACCCUCCUCUUCUGGCUCAACAGGUACCUCUUCUCCCACUUAAACGACUUCUCAGCCUGCCAGGAGAUCGGGGAACUGUGCGGGGAGCUGGCCCAGGCUCUGCAGGAGGAUUCCCCAGCGGCUGAGAAGGAGAGCAGAGUCCUGAGAAUCUGCGGCCACGUGACCGGGAUCUGCCACAACAUCCUGAGCUGCAGCCCCGAGGAGCUGCUGGAGCAGCAGGCCGUGCUGGAGCUAGUACAGCUGGAUGAGCCUUUGGGCCUGGAAAUCCACACCACCAGCAACUGCCUGCACUUCGUGUCUCGAGUGGGGCCCCAGGUCCCCGCCAGCUGCCGACUGCAGAUCCUGCCUGGAGAUGAAAUUGUCCAGGUCAACGAUCAGGUGGUGGUGGGCUGGCCCCAUAAGAAUGUGGUGAAGGAGCUACUGCGGGAGCCAGCCAGGGCCAGCCUAGUAUUGAAGAAGGUCCUGGUGCCUGAGACCCCCCCACAGACCCCCCCUCAGGUCCUGGUCUCCCCGAGCCUGAGAGUCCCAUCAUCGCCACCCCUGUCCCCAGAGUUUCCCAGGGCCCUGCCAGAGGAUUCCUUUGUCCUAGAUCUGACCUCCAGCCCAAGUCCUGAGGCCCAACCUGCCUGGGCAGACGCUGCUUCCUUUGACCCUGAACCCAGCUCCCCUGCACCCCCAUCCACACUCCCAAGUGUGACAACAGAGACUACGGAGCCCCCAGGACAUCCUAAAAAGAGCCCUGUCCCCGCUCGGAAGAAAUCUAAAGGCGUGGCAACUCGGCUGAGCCGCCGGCGGGUGUCCUGCCGGGAGCUGGGCCAGCCGGACUGCGAUGGCUGGCUGCUGCUUCGCAAGGUGCCCGGCGGCUUCAUGGGCCCGCGCUGGCGCCGCGGUUGGUUUGUGCUCAAAGGACACACGCUCUACUGGUACCGCCAGCCCCAGGAUGAGAAGGCCGAGGGUCUCAUCAAUGUCUCCAACUACAGCCUGGAAAGCGGGCAGGAUCAGAAGAAGAAAUAUGUGUUCCAGCUCACCCACAACGUGUACAAGCCCUUCAUCUUCGCUGCGGAGACCCUGGAGGAUCUGAGCAUGUGGGUGCGCCAUCUCAUCACCUGCAUCUCCAAGUACCAGUCUCCAGGCCGGGCCUCCCUCUCCCGAGAGGAAGACUGCUACAGCGAGACGGAAGCCGAAGAGCCGGACGACGAGGCUGGAUCACGCUCGUCCUCGCCCUGCCCAGCCCACGGCUGGAGUCCCCUCCAUGGAGACAUGUCACCUGCAACCACCCCCACGUUGGGCAGCCCGAGAACUUCCUUCGGUCCCCCUUCAGAGACUGACGACGGGGUGCUGGAGAGAAUGGUCCAGGGGCUGAGGCAGGGUGGCGUGUCCCUUCUGGGCCAGCCGAAGCCCCUCACCCAUGAACAGUGGCGAAGCUCCUUCAUGAGGCGACACCAAGAGCCCCAGCUCAACGAGCAGGCGCACCGCGUGCGGGUGCUGCGCAGCACCCUCCAGGCCAAGCUGCAAGAGCUUCAGGUCCUGGAGGAAGUGCUGGACGACCCCCAUCUGACUGCGGAGAAGUUCCGGCGGUGGAAGGAACAGAACCAGGAGCUGUACUCGGAGAGCUUGGGGUGCUGCGGGGGGCUGCUGGCUGAGGGUGGCACUCAGGCCCUGAGCUCCAGCCCCAGAGGGCCACCCUCCCACUCCCUGCCUUCUGACCCCGAGGAGCACUCUCAACUCUGCCCUCUGCCCCCAAAGAGCCAUCUCCGACCUCCUAACCUCAGACCUCGAGGGCCACUUCAAACCCUAGCCGCCCACAGGUGGCUCUCCCUUUGUCCAGCCUGGGCUGUGAGGGGGUCGGACGGAGCACUCGUCCAUGGCUUCACACUGCCAGCCCCCGGGCCCCAGGAGGCUCGGUGCCACUCCUCCACCCUUGCUGAAGCAGCAGGAUGCCUGAGCCGAGAGAGUCCCUGCCUCUGUCCAGCCCGUGGGGGCAUGACCCUGCCCUCCUCAGUCUCCUGCCCCGACCCCCACGUGCCAAAAUCCAUUUACACAUUUCAAUAGAAUAAAGUCCGUUUCU